UCCUCUGCGAGAGAGCAUCGUCACGUUCGUUCUAACGGUUGUAAGCAAAGCAAAGAAGCAGCAGCAGCAGAAUGACUGGCCGCGGAAAGGGAGGAAAGGGCUUGGGCAAAGGAGGAGCCAAGCGUCAUCGUAAAGUGCUGCGCGAUAACAUCCAGGGCAUCACCAAGCCAGCCAUCCGUCGUCUGGCUCGCCGUGGCGGUGUGAAGCGUAUCUCCGGGCUGAUCUACGAGGAAACGCGUGGUGUGCUGAAGGUGUUCCUCGAGAACGUGAUCCGCGAUGCCGUCACCUACACGGAACACGCCAAGCGCAAGACCGUCACGGCCAUGGAUGUGGUGUACGCUCUGAAGCGCCAGGGCCGCACUCUCUACGGUUUCGGAGGCUAAGCACUUUCUUCAAGAUCGCUCGCAUCCUCACCAUCAUCAAACAAACGGUCCUUUUCAGGACCACCAA